CCUACUCGCGUGAACGGUUCGCGCCCGGUUCACCCUUAUGCACCAGGGCUUGCUACAAAAAAGUAGAAGCAGCAGCCAUGGCUCACCACUGAGUCCGCUUGUGUUUGAGCGUGACCUUAGCAAAGCAGCCAAGUGGUGACAGGAGAGGGGGACGCGAGUAGCUCAGUCAAGGCCAGCACGAGAGAAAGGCGGUGUCUACUCGAGAGGAAAGGAUAGAUAUGACACACCCAGACACCAUGGCCUCAGCACAUCUGCCACCACUGCCCCCGCUGCCUACAACCAGCGACGGCAGCGCCGUGGGCGCAGCAUCCUCAGAGUCAGCCGCCAGCUCCGCUUUACAAACAGCUUUGUUGGAUCGGCGAUCUGGGUAUGGAAAUGUACAUGGGCAUAGCGCCUCAGGCUCAGGAUCACGCUCGAGCUCGAGCUCCGGCCCGCGUGCAGCAGCAGCAAGCUCCUUCAAGGCAUCGGUUCUCCAGCUGGACCUUCGACGGAGCGGCUCGCGGGAGCACAGCGACAGCUCGUCGCUCGCAACUGAAUUCGGCUCGCUCUUCAGCGCUGAACAGCAACAACAACGACACGGCGUCGAUUUCUCGUUAUCGCGUGGCGCUCGCGAACUGGCCACGUUGCCGGGCGACACGUCUCACAUUUCCGUGCCCCCGCUGCGCAACCCGUUCAGCAGCAGACCAGGGACCAUCAGUGUGUCCUCCGAUUCCCCCGAGUCAUCGCUUCGCCAGCGCCCGCCAAGAUCCAUGCUGCCGCGCCAGCUGGCCCCUCCUUCCAGCCCUCUGCCGGACGUGCCCUCGUCGUCGCCAGAGCCAGAGCCAAGUCCAGCGCCUUGCCCUGGGGAGUCGAGUUCUUCGUCGCCUUCGCUGAGCAUGUCCUCGCAGUUUGACGCGGUACUUCUCGACGGCCCUCUGGCGAGAAGCCUUCAGGGUGCCUCGGCGGCCGCCGUGACAAAUAUAGAUGGCAUGGCAGGUAAUGUUGUUCUUGGUGGUGGUGUUGGUGUGCUUGACCUGUGCGCAUCGGUUGAGCGUGCAGCCCAAGUUGCAGCAAACGACUCCUUGCCUCCCCCUUCGUCGCAGCAGCAGGUGCGAAGCACCACCCCAACGCGUACACAAUCCCUGCGCCGAAGCGAGUCGCACUCAUCGAGUACGACGCCAGACUCGCCGUCGAAUCAAACCAGCUUCAAGCAAGCGGCGCAGAAUCUACAGCAACAGCAUCAAUCGCAGCAGGCACAGCAGCAGCAGUCAUCUUCACCGAGCUUGCAUGCGGCCCCCAUCUCGCUUGCGCACACGCGCCACCAGACGCGAGCAUCGAUCGACUCCUCGAGUAGUACGAGCGUACGAUGGCGUUCGCUUGCAUUCCUGGCGAGUGCCAUCUCUCUCGGGUCGUACAGCUCGGAUUGCCUGCACACUACUUCAGGUGCGGGUGGUGGCUCAGGUGGUGUAGCGCCCGAAAGUAGCUCUCGAACGACUGUCCCAAGCGGAGGAGGCAGUCGUCUGUCACUCGAUGGCCCCUCAUCUCCUCGGUCGAGCGGACGCAGCGGUAGUGGUCAUACGGCGUCUUCGUUCCCAUCCAGUGCAGCUGCGCGCGCAAGCAGCGGUAGUUCACGCUGCUCUUCCGAUGCGAUCGCUCCGUCCUCUAGCCCGCGGCACUCGUCAUCAGAGGAUGCAAGGAGGGCGCAGACCAGACAGGCUGACGGUUUAGGCGGUGCGGCCACGGAGGCGGUGCCAGCAGCAGCUGGGUUUCAGCAAGUCCCCAUCGGCGUAGAUGGGCAGGCCCAAGCCCCUGUUCCGAGCGGGAUUCCUGUGGCGUUGCCGAAAAUCAUCCAUGCAACCACUCAGGCAUACAUGGUCUCAGACGAUCGCAUCCGUCCCGAGGCGCUGGCGUCCCCGUUCAUACCCUCCGCCGUCACCGCCGCCGCCGUCGAGUCAGAGGCGCGUGCUCACGAGAGUAAGGUGAAGCGCAGCUUGGGCCUCGCGCGCUCCGGCAGCUUGGGCGGCGGGCGCAAGAGCGAGCCUCGCAAAACACGCUCGCACACGAACCUCCGGCAACAGGUGCAGGCAGCUGGUGUGUCCAGCGCUGAUGAUGCUGAGAUGCACUCGCCCCCCAUUCACUCGCCCCCCAUGCACUCGCCC